GGAGGGUGAUGUUUGUGGUGGAGGGUAAUAUGGCGUUGGCACAAAAGCUUCUACCAAGUACUUGCUACUUCGGUUAGAGUGAUAGAUUCCUCGUCAAUCCGCACUUUCUUAACUGUUAAGAGUAUUUUCAAACGAAUUGACGGUUUUCCGGUCGGAUUUAUCGGGAAACUAGAAUCCAUACUAACCUUAGCUUAGUCGGUAUGCUGAUGCAUACUCGUGUAUGCCAAGGCGGCGACCUCCACGAUAUUGGUAUAGAUACAGGAGGGGAAAUAGUUGAGCCUAGAUAUUAGCGUACAUCGUACUUAAAUGAAAAUUGCAUCUUUACUCCCUAUGAUCACCAUCAGCAGUAACAUUAGUAGCAUACGAAGGCUUACCAGACCAUGCAUAUCAAAAUCCCUUGGUCUAUCGGGCUUCUUGCCCAAGCAGCAUGUUCCUACGGCAAGCUGGAACCGAACUACACAUCCCCAUCCGGAGUCCAGAUAUUUAACCCGUCCACCUUUUUCAACACCACGGGGCCGUGGAGUCUGAUGUCUAUUGCGGGGGAUACCUUAUAUAUUUCCGGUAGGGUAGUGAUUCUGGGAUCUAAUUGCUUCUUACUUACUUGCCGACCAGGUAUGCGCGGCAUCUACCCCUCGAAUAGUACUCUCGCACCAGUAGGCCUUACCCGAGUGCGGCAAGCUUAUCAGAACAUGGCGGCACUCGCUGAGAUGGCGGGCUCUGAUGUCAAUUCCUGUGUGCGGCUGGUCGUCUACGUGACGGAUAUGUUCCGGUACCGACCGAUGUGUAACCAGGCGCAAGUUGAGAUUUGGGGAGAUGACCCGAGUAGAUAUCCGCCUCGGACGAUCGUUGAGGUGGGUAGACUGAACGACGAUGAUAUCGUUGAGGUUGAGGGUACGUUUUAUUUAGGUCGAUCCGCAUAGAUUCAUUGUUAGUGUAGAUAAGCCGAUACAGCAAUACUCCGAAGUCCUGGGCGAUGAACAAUCACUUCGGAACGUAAUCCAAUCUUUAUUACAUCUCGAAUGGAUUGAGUAG